AUGAACGCUUCUAGCGUUUGUGUUGCAGAUGCAGAUGCUCUUUUUGGUCCUCGGGUCGAUCCAUGUCGCAGACAAUUCGACUUCACGUUACUUUUCGAGCAGAGUGUUUUCACCGUCGGGCCAUCUGCAAUAUUUAUCGUACUGCUUUCUCUGAGAAUACCGAAGCUAUAUCGGGAGAAGAGAAAAACACUGCCGAAUUCACUUUGGGAGUUUAAAUUGGUGGUAAUAUCAGUGAUUUUAUGUCUUCAAAUUGCUCUUUUAGCAUCAUGGAUAGUUUCUCAGGGUCAACAGACACCCGUAUCUGUUCCAGCAACCGUCCUGUCAGUAAUUGCCACUAUUGGUCUCGCAGCAUUAUCGAACCUGGAGAAUAACCGAUCUAUACGCCCUUCAUUAGUAAUUUGCACUUAUCUUCUUCUUUCCACGCUAUUGGAUAUAGCUCAAGCAAGAACACUUUGGUUGCAACAUGGAAACACAGCAUUGUCGGUACUAUUCACAAGUAGUGUGCUAGCCAAAGCAGUUCUACUAUGUCUCGAAGCAUUCGAGAAAAGAUCUUUUCUCAAAGAUCCCUACAAUAGAUACCCACCAGAAGCUUUGGCAGGAGUUAUUAAUACGAGUCUUUUCUGGUGGCUCAAUACACUCAUCCAGAAUGGUCACAGAAACCUGCUCAGUCUUGGUGAUCUCUUUGACACCGAUAAAGCCCUCACUGCCCAAUACCAACACCAGAUAUUCCGAGUCAUCACCAUGAUUAGAGGUGGAUUAGUCUGCAUUAUUUAUAAUUCAACGCUAUCCCUCGAUGCAAACUCUACAGGCGAUUCUGCUGCAGUCACACUGAUGAGUACAGAUAUAGAACGCAUUGGAACUGGAUUCAGUAGUGUCGAUAGUUUAUGGGCUGGUCCGAUCGAAGCAGGAAUCGCAGCAUAUUUAUUACAGCGAGAAAUGGGUCUAGCAUGUAUCGCACCUGUCAUUAUUUCACUGGCAUGCACGAUUGGAGCAUUUUCAAUCAUGAAAUGGGCAAAACAUACUCAGAGGGAAUGGGUCGAAGCGGUUCAGAAACGCGUUGCAAUCACAUCAUCAGCACUUAAAUCGAUCAGGGGAAUCAAGAUGCAGGGACUCACAACACGAUUGUCCGAAGACUUGCAGGAUCUUCGUGUCCAGGAACUCGAGUAUGCGAAGCCGUUUCGUAGGAAUAUUAUUGCCACGGCAGUGUCAUCUAACGUCACAACCCUCUGCGGACCGGCUAUUACGUUUAUUGUCUAUAUUCUUCUUCAAAGAACCAAGGAUUCGGCAACGCUGAAUAUUGGACAGGCUUUCACGAGUUUGUCUCUGAUUUCGUUAUUGAGUACGCCGGUUUCGGAAUUGGUUCAGACGAUUCCUACAUUUGCGGCCGCAAUGGGUUGUAUGGAAAGAAUUCAGACUUAUAUCAGGACACAAGAUCGCAACGAUCCUAGAUUUUCUAGACAAGAUUCUGAACGCAUCUCGAUAUCUGGGGAAUCUGGAGACAAUGUCAAUCUUGUUUCCCAUGAGAUGGAGCUGCAAACGCAAGCUACGAGAACUUGUGCUUGCGGAUCAAGCUACGAUGAAGUUUGUUAUCACGCGGUUGCUCGCGGCUCUUGUGUGCUUCAUCAUGAUAUUGCUACGUUUCGGAUGGCGAGGAGGACUAUGAUCGGUAGCGAUGGGGCUACUCUGAGCUGUGGACAGAAGCAGAGAUUGGCCUUGGCACGCGCAUUGUAUUCCAGAAAAGACUUACUUCUCAUCGAUGACGUUUUUAGCGGACUCGAUUACAAGACAAACAAAGCUGUCUUCCGCAACAUUUUUGGUCAAGAAGGACUAUGCAAGGAGCAUAACAUAACUGUCGUUCUUGCCACGCACGCAAUUGAACAUCUGCAAUCUGCCGACAAUGUUAUUGUUCUCUCUAACAAUGGUACUAUUGUAGAACAAGGAAACUUUCGAAAACUGCGAGAAAAUGAUGAUAGCUAUGUCAAAGACUUGAUUUUCCAUGAAAGUCCAGACGAGAAAUCAGACGAAGUCUCAGUCACAGAAACCGCGAACAAAACACCGACUAGACCAAAAUCGGCUGAAACCAACGACUUCAACCGUCAAGAUGGCGAUGCCAGUGUAUACUUCUACUUUGCGAAAUCCGUAGGCUGGAUCUACUUCUCUCUUUUCAUCGGAACAGUACUUUUGUACACGUUCUCCAGCGAAUUCCAAGCUGUUCUCCUAGAACUAUGGUCCAAAGCGGAGACCAAGCAUUCAGGUGUCUGCACAAAUCUAUACAUGGGCUUAUACGCAAUGCUAUCCAUAACAGCCCUGUGUGGAAUUGGGGGGUUGCUCUGCAUCACAUUGUUAUUUGCAGGCCCAUAUGCUUCUAUUAAUCUUCACCGUACGCUCUUGCAUACCGUCAUGACUGCGCCAUAUUCCUGGUUCACGGCACAUGAUAGCGGGAUAACGCUGAAUAGAUUCAGUCAAGAUAUGAGUUUAAUCGACAUGGAGCUCUUGAUAGGAAUCGUCGACACAUUCGCAGGUACAUUCAUGGCCAUUGCUCAGGCGAUACUUAUUGCCACUGGAGCCAAAUACGUCGGAGUCAUUCUUCCAUUCAUAAUCGGCACUCUUUAUAUUCUCCAGAAAGUGUACUUGAAGACAUCGAGACAACUUCGAUUGUUAGAUCUAGAAUCCAAAUCACCGCUCUACUCACACUUUACGGAGACGCUCAGCGGACUCACGACCAUCCGCGCUUUUGGAUGGCAAAUCCAAUCCGCUGAGAAGAAUCGAAAACUUCUGGAUCUCUCACAAAAACCUUACUAUUUACUCUACUGUAUACAGAGAUGGCUCAAUCUUGUUUUAGAUCUCAUCAUUGCUGGCAUUGCUGUUAUUCUCAUCACGUUUGCAACACAGAUGCGUGGCACUACUAGUGCAGGUACUCUCGGUAUCGCUUUGGUGAACAUUCUACAGUUCAACUCGACAUUGAGUUUUCUGAUUAGAAAAUGGACUCAGCUAGAAACUUCUAUUGGUGCUGUAGCUAGAGUGAAGAGCUUUGAAGCGAAUACUUUGUCGGAAAAUGGUUUCUUGGAAGUUAAUCUACCGCCACCUGAAUGGCCUGUUAAGGCUAAAGUCGACUUCAAAAAUGUGACUGCGACUUAUGGUAACGAUGAACCUGCUGUGCGGGAUGCCUCAUUUUGUAUCGAGGGUGGCACGAAAUUGGGUAUAGUUGGAAGGACUGGAGAUAUCCUCAUUGACAACAUCUCCAUUUCUACUCUCCGCCGUGAAUCAGUACGCUGUUCCUUCAUCACCAUUCCCCAAGAACCUUACUUUCUAUCUGGCACUGUCGGCUUCAAUGCAGACCCAUUUCAUUCUCUAGACAAUCAAGCAAUCCAGACUGCGCUUGUUCGUGUUGGACUAUGGGACAUAAUAUGCGAUAACGGAGGUUUGGAAGCUUCCAUGGACGCAACGCCUCUCAGCCAAGGCAAACAGCAACUUUUCUGCAUCGCAAGAGCAUUGAUCAGGAAAGUAGCGUUGGAAAAUAAGGAUCAUGGAAUUCUGGUGCUUGAUGAGGUGACGAGUAAUGUUGAUUCUGCUAGUGAAGAGAUCAUGUUACGGAUUCUGGAUGAGGAAUUUAAGGGCUGGACAGUACUUGCUGUAGCUCAUAGAUUGGGAACGAUUAAGAGAUACGAUAGAGUUCUGGUUCUUGAUAAGGGGAGUGUGGUGGAGGAUGGAGCGCCGGAGGAUUUGAUCCGAAAAGAGGGAGGUCUAUUUAAAGAAUUAUGGGAGAAUGGAUUUGGGAAAGAGAGUACUGUGUAG